GCAUCACUCUGACAACAUGUAAACGAUCUGCAGCCUCCAGUUCGCCGGAAGCGGAAAUCGCGCACCUGCGAGAGGAGAGGAAAAUGGCUACCAUCUCUACACGGCUCGUCAACUCAAGCAUAAGAAAGCUUCGUUUAAUAGCCUAUGGUGUUGCUAAGUGCAGACAAUACCAGACUCUGUCCGCAACAAAUCACAUUUGUGGGAUUGGUGGUGAAAGGAAACAGAAGUUUGGACAGAAAACUCUUCAACCAAGAUAUUUUCGAACAUCUACAGCACUUGAAGAUGUUAUGCAGUUCAAGUUGUCCGAUAUUGGUGAAGGGAUCAGAGAGGUGAUCAUCAAGGAGUGGUACGUGUCGGAAGGCGACAAGGUCGCCCAGUUUGACAGCAUCUGUGAAGUUCAGAGCGACAAGGCAUCCGUGACUAUUACCAGUCGUUACGAUGGCAUCGUAAAGAAACUCCACUAUGGUGUGGAUGAAACAGCAUUGGUGGGGGAGGCGUUGGUGGACAUCGAGACAGAGGGCACUAGUCACAAGCAGGAGGAAGAUGUUGAGGAAGUCGACAUCUCUGGCAACGAACUGCGGCUCGAGGACCACUCUAUGCAGAUGACCAAGUCCGGCCGCAAAGUGCUGGCAACACCAGCGGUCCGCAGACUGGCCAUGGAGAACAAGAUACACCUGAAGGAUGUGGAGGGCACGGGGAAAGAUGGCCGUAUACUGAAGGAGGACAUCACCAGACACAUCGAAAGUCUGGACCACGGGGAUUCUGCAUUUACAGGCAAACAGGCUGCUCCUCCAUCCCCCGCCUCGUCGCCCCAGGCAGCCAGGGCACCUGCCACCACCCCAACCCCUGUCCUAAGGACCCCCACUCCUGUGGGAAAGGACUACACUCAGCCAAUCAAAGGCAUGCAGAAGGUUAUGGUGAAGACAAUGAGUGCUGCUCUCAAGAUUCCACAUUUUGGAUAUUAUGAUGAAAUUGAUGUCACAACACUUGUUAAUCUCAGGAAAGAUCUCAAGAAGGUGGCGGAAAAAAGGGGCAUCAAGUUUUCGUACAUGCCAGUUUUUAUCAAGGCAGCAUCCCUGGCCUUGUCUCAGUUCCCUGUUCUAAAUUCCAGCAUUGAUGACAAGGUAGAAAACAUCAUCUUCAAGGCUUCUCAUAAUAUUGGCAUUGCCAUGGACACAGGGGAUGGCCUAACUGUUCCAAAUAUUAAAAAUGUCCAAUCACAAAGCAUCUUCGAGCUAGCAGCGGAGUUGAAUCGACUUCAGCAAUUAGGGUCAGCAGGGAAACUUGGCACAUCAGAUCUCACUGGUGGAACUUUCUCCUUGUCAAAUAUAGGAUCGAUUGGAGGGACAUAUGCUAGGCCUGUGAUUGUUCCUCCUGAAGUUGCCAUCGGAGCCAUCGGCAGGAUACAGGCUGUGCCUCGUUUUGACCGUGAUGGCAACGUGCGUAAAGCUCACAUCAUGCAAGUGAGCUGGUCUGCCGAUCAUCGAAUUGUAGAUGGUGCCACCAUGGCCCGAUUCUCCAACUUGUGGAAGAUGUAUUUAGAGAACCCAACCACAAUGAUACUGGAUCUGAAGUGAUGUGAUAUGUACAUAGUAUUCUCGUGAUAUUACUCAUUGCAACUCAAACACAAGGCAUCCUCCCGAGGCACGAGAUUUAACUGAUAUUGAAAAUCCAGUUUCCAACCUUGCCAAGCUAGGCUGGAAUUCUUGGGCUCAAUCGUAGCGCCUUCAUUUACAAGUUAUGUCCCUUCUAAGCCUCUCCCAUGGACCAAUCAAAUUCCACUUCUCAUAUCACUUGCAUUUGCUUCAAACAAAGUGGCAGCACCUAGUCAGGAUGAUCUGAUGUAUAAUCAAGAUCUAUAUUGUGAUAAAACGGGUCUUACAUCACAAAAUGCAUCAAAUCAGGUGAGCACCUUGAUUAAAAACAUGAAAACAUUUGGAAAAUAUCUGUUGACAACGAGUUGGCUGUG